AAAAAAAAUAAGCUCCUCUCGCACAAGUCUCUGACUGCCAUACUCUCCCCUACUUCAACCGGCAAUACAACCAAAACUGACUUCCACUUCUGACAGUCAAAGCGCCUCAUCUGGCGAAGCUCUAUUUACUUCAUUGGCUUCUUUGUGCCCUUUGGCCCCUUCCACUACUUGACCAUUCGUGAUACUCUCUCUCCAUCUCUCUCCCUCCCGUUGUCCCUCUUUGUGUCAGUUUCUCUCUUUCUCCUUCUUGGAUCGCAAGUCGGCCCGCUAUGCCGCCCAAGGGCAUUUACCAAACUGCUCUCCCCGAGGGAUGCGGGCUCAAGUAUGACGAAUCCGACAUGGCGCUCUUCCACGCCAAACUGUCAUAUCAUUCCACUAUCGAAGCGCGCAUGGAAUCGAAAGACUCCAAUUUAGUAUCGAUAUCGGAUGCCCAAGGGCGUAUCCUCAAGCGCUGGGAGAUGUUGAAGCAGGUGGAAAAGGAGAUGGCAGACAAGGGCAAAUGCCUGUCGCCGGCGGAACGAAAGCAGCUGGCACAAUACGAGUGGCGAUACAAGCGAUUGGAGGAGGUGGCGACCAAGAGCACCAGCUGAGGUAGAAAAGGGAAAAAAGAAAGACAAAUGACAAUCACCCAUAGCAUAAGAUUG